CUCUCUAUCUCUACCUUCCUGCCCUGGUGGUUGCCGGUUCUUUGGCUGUCUCACAUGCAACUAACUAGCUUCGGUAUGAGCUGAUGUUCGAGUGAUCUACUGAUUAUUGGUGAUUUAAGCUGGUUCAGAGAACAAAGCUAGCUCGCUGGGACUUUUUGCCGGCGAGAUUCCUGAUCGGACUGAUUGCACGGAUUCCUUGAAGAGUGAUGGUUAUUAUUAAUAUUUUUUUAUCCAAAGGAGAUUGUGAGAAGAGACAAAUUGGGGUUGGAUUUUCUUUCUAUCUGGCAUGUUUUAGUUGAUGCUUCAGGUCGAGAUCUUAUUGUUAAAAUGCAGCUAGCGCGCCUUUUAGUUUGAUGGUCCUGAUGAAAAAGAAGGGAAUCAAAAGGAGCGCAAAAUGCAGAUUCCUGUACAUUUAUUCACGCUCUCUUCCCUUGACAAAUAAUAGAGGAGGAGAGAUUCUGACUAGGAAAUGUCAGCUACAGUCCUUGAGGGGAAUGAUGCAGUCACUGGCCACAUAAUCUCCACCACAAUUGGAGGGAAAAAUGGUGAACCUAAGCAGACCAUAAGUUACAUGGCAGAACGCAUUGUUGGCACUGGUUCAUUUGGAAUUGUUUUCCAGGCAAAGUGUUUGGAGACUGGGGAAGCUGUGGCUAUAAAGAAGGUCUUGCAGGACAGGCGGUACAAGAACCGUGAGCUGCAGUUAAUGCGCUUGAUGGAUCACCCAAAUGUCAUUUCCCUGAAGCACUGUUUCUUCUCUACAACAAGCAGAGAUGAACUUUUUCUCAAUUUGGUUAUGGAAUACGUCCCUGAAACACUGUACCGAGUUCUAAAACACUAUACUAGUAUGAACCAAAGGAUGCCUCUCAUCUAUGUGAAACUCUAUACAUAUCAAAUCUUUAGGGGACUAGCAUACAUCCAUACAGUACCAGGAGUUUGCCAUAGAGAUGUGAAACCUCAAAAUGUUUUGGUUGAUCCUCUCACUCAUCAAGUUAAGCUUUGCGAUUUUGGGAGUGCAAAAGUUCUGGUCGAGGGUGAAUCAAACAUCUCAUACAUAUGUUCACGUUACUAUCGAGCUCCAGAACUAAUAUUUGGGGCAACUGAAUACACAACUUCUAUUGAUAUUUGGUCAGCUGGUUGUGUCCUUGCUGAGCUUCUUCUCGGUCAGCCAUUAUUUCCAGGAGAAAAUCAGGUGGACCAACUUGUUGAAAUCAUCAAGGUUCUUGGCACUCCAACUCGAGAAGAAAUUCGUUGCAUGAACCCUAAUUAUACAGAUUUUAGAUUCCCUCAGGUUAAAGCUCAUCCGUGGCACAAGGUUUUCCACAAGCGAAUGCCUCCAGAAGCAAUCGACCUUAUAUCAAGGCUUCUCCAAUAUUCGCCAAGUCUUCGCUACACUGCGCUGCAAGCAUGUGCGCAUCCUUUCUUUGAUGAGCUCCGGGAGCCCAAUGCCCAACUACCCAAUGGUCGUCCUCUGCCGCCACUUUUCAAUUUCAAACAGGAACUGUCUGGAGAAUCGCCUGAAGUGAUAAAUAGGCUCAUCCCAGAGCAUAUUAGGCGGCAGAUUGGUCUCAGCUUCCCUCAUUUGGCUGGAACAUAGGUGUAAAAAGACAUUGAAGGAGUCAGCUAUUCGAGUAAUCAAAAUGUAAUGAAAGGAUGGCCUAUCGUUGAUCAAUAUAACUAAAGGUUAUGGCCUAAUAUUCUUCAGAGUCCCUCCUUAUAUGAAGAUGUAUGCAAGUACUGGCUGCUCAGCGUUACCUGGAAAUCAGUGCUUCUGUCUACCACUUUAGUUAUAGAAAACUAUUCCAUGCAUCUGUACAUUGUUUUUGAUCAGAUUCCAGAAAGCUAGGAGCAUAAAAUGAAUCGUGUCUAUAUAGGUAGGGGUUGCCAGAGUCCACCAAAUAUUAAGGGCCUCGGUGAUGUUAGUACCGCUUGCUUCUUCUUACAUAAUCAUAGUCAAUGUUGUGUCCUUGUUUUAUCCUCUUGCUUAUGACAAUAUCUUGGUUCGAAACCAGUUUCAUCUUUUAACUGUUUAUUUCUCCUGUA